AUGCCCAGCAUCGCCCAAGCAACCCAAGUCAGAAAAAAACCCGAGAGGAUCGAUAUUGGCGACGGUCUGGUGAUGCGUUGGUCAACCAUCAAGGAUCGCGACAACAUCGCUGACUGCAUGGCCGACGCCUUCAAGUGGUCUGGCAUUGCUGUCACUGUCGCCGAGGAUGAGGAGCCUGCCCCCAACGCCUGGGUCAAAGCUGGCGUCAGACGCCUGAUGCGCGGAAACAGUGCUGUCAUGACCGAGUAUGACUACGCGGUCGUCGAAAACACACUGGCCAAGGACGGCCAGAACCCCAUUGUUGCCGGUAUCUGCCUCCAAAGCGUCCCUGGGUUCUAUGGCGAGAAGGUUUCGAUGCUCUAUGGCAAACCCGAGGCCGUCUGUUCCAACCCAAAGUACAGGAACCAGGGCCUAGUCCGCAGACUCUUCCACGAACUCAUCCACCCCGCCUCAGACGCCAGAGGAGACGUCAUCCAGAUCAUCCCAGGCAUCAACCACUUUUACCGCCAAUUCGGUUACGAAUACGCCAUCGGUAUCCGCUCCUCCCGCUCAAUCGACGACCUCAACAAAAAACUUCCCACCCUCCUCUCCAAAGACGCCCUCACCGCUUCCGCCCUCGCCGCCGAACCCUUCACCCUCCGCAUCCCUACCCUUGCUGAUGUUCCCUACCUCUGCAAACUCAGCACCCGCGAAGCCCAAAAGUCUUAUGCUCAAGUCGGCUUGGAGUAUAGGGAAUCCUACUGGCGGUACACGAUCCACGAUGCGAUUGAGACCCAGGAAUCGGAGUUUGAUGCACGUCGGUUGACGAGGAUUAUUGUGGACGCCAAGUCCGGGAGGGAUUGUGGGUUGGUUAUGGGGGCCAGCUUGCCGUUUUUGGGGCUGUAUAUGUUUACGUUGGAAGAGGGGUAUUUGUAUAGAGAGGCUUUGUACCCGGUUUUGAGGCAGUUUGCCCUUGCGGGCGAGGAGCCUUCUCUGUGGGAGAUUAAGCAGGAAGCUGAGAAGAAGGCCAAGGAGGAGUCCAAGGAAGAGAAAGAUGGUGAUGAGCAGUCCAAGAAGGAUGGCGAGGCCGCCAAGAAGGACAACGAGGAUACCAAGAACGACGAUAAGGACGGUCCCGCUCCCAAGGAUGGCCAAACCCAUGCCACCACAACCACCGACUCUACCGCUCCCACAUCUGCCGAAAAGCCUUCCGCACCCAAACCCCUCCGUCUGGUCUUGGACCCCGACCACCCGAUCACAAAGCUCCUCGAGUCCAACUCGACCGCCGACGACCACAAGCACAUCCGUCUCUACACCCGUAUCCCCUCCUACGCAAACUUUAUCCUCAAAGUCGCCCCUUCUCUCGAACAUCGCCUGGCCCAAUCCUGUCUCGCGGGCAUCACCGCCACCUUGCAAUUCGAUUUCUACCGAAAAGUCGUCGGUUCCGCAGGAAAGGGUCUCGAAGUCGUCAUCAAGGACGGUCUGAUCAUCUCUGCGCGCGACGACUUUGUGCCCCCAACGCCCGAGGAGCUGAUGCUGGCCGCUCGUGAACGCAAGGCUCUCGCCAAGGCCGAGGGUCGUCCGGAUAACAAGAAGCCGACGGUUUUCACGAUCCAGUUUGCGCCAUUGACGUUCACGAGAUUGUUGGUCGGGGACUUGUCGGUUGACGAGAUGAUUUAUUUCUAUACUGAGACUUCUGUCGGUGGUGGGGAUGAUGCCAAGCUGUUGCUCGAGACCUUGUUCCCCAAGACCAAGGAGCAGUUUCAAUGCGAUAUGUUCUGGUGGUAG